CUUGCAGUAAGAUCAUCGACCACCGUGGAGCACAUCUCAGUGCACAUUAAAAAAAGUUAAUUAGAUAUGAUCCAGGGCGCGGGGGCGGGGCGCCGGUACCCGCCCCCCUCUAGCGUAGGGGGGGCACCGUGCGCCCCGGAUCCCUUUGGAAGGCGUCUCCCGGGGGUGGAAGGCCUCAAAAGGGGGCCAAGUUACCUCCUCGGCCCCCCUCUAGCUGCCUGGCUGUUCUUUGCAGGCCCCCGAUCUAGGUGGGAGGCCUCAAAAGGGGCCCAAGGGACCGCGUGCGCUCCUUUCCAGAUGCCUGCCUGUGCCCGAAGUGCCUCCGAUAGGCUUCGCCGUCGCAGCACUGCGCCGGCUUAUUUGGAAAAGGCGAGGGGCUGGGCCCCCUGGGCCGCGCAGCUUGUACCCUGCGGGCCCUUGGUCAUCGGCUUGCUUGCUCUUGCGACCGUGGCCGCCUUCGGCGGUCUUUUGCCCCGGGGACCUCGCUCCCGCCUGCGAGGGUCAGCAGAGGCCAGGAGGUCCUUGGGGAACGCGCUGAGAGGCACAAGAGGAGGGCCGCGCCAAACCACAGGGGGGGCACCGUGCCGCCUUGGAACAUAUUUAUAUAGGCUUAGGGGCUGGCCCCUAUCUUAUCUCGUUAAAAAUUAGAAGGCUAGAGUUAGGAUUCUCUGUGCAGGAUCCCAGGUCCCUAAGCUAAGCUAAUCAAAUUUUAUUUAUGUUGGAAAAAUAUUAUAAAUUUUCACUCGAGCAUCGCUCAGACAGAUCGACUUGCCGAGCAACCAUUUGGUAUCUGAUCUCAAUAUUGCUUGAAUUAGCUCUUCAUCACCUUCUUAAGGAAUAGGAAAAAUACGAGGAGAAAGCUAAUGUUGAAGUUACAGCAUAAUUGGCCGACCAGAUCAACUUGCCGAGCAACCAAAUUUAUCACCAAAGUUGAAGUACGUAAAGCCAGCACGACGCAUCAAAGUUCCUGAGUAAGAACAGGAAGAGCAUAACCAGUGCCAGGCUGUAAUAUGUAUAGCAUAC